AGUUUUUGUUUUUGUCUAGAAAUAUAUUUUAAAAUAUAUAUUACAGUUACUGCUGUUCUGAGUUAUAAAAACUUGAAAAAUGUCAGCGAAUGAAAUAGUAUGUGUGUGCUUCAUUGCCAUAGGUUUCAUUGGAGUCAUCAUAGCAAUAGCAAAUCCUGCAUGGGAGAAGUCAGAUUUGCAAUCUUUGGCAACACCAACUUCACAAAAAUAUAAAGGGCUUUGGCUGAGCUGCAAAAGUGAUUCUUCGAUUCGAGUAUCUUGUUGGCCAUACAUUGGAUUUUUUGCCGGAAUUGACGUUAAGAUUCAAGCAGCUCGUGCCUGUUGUAUCGCCGCUUUGGCAUUCUCCCUGUUUUCUCUCAUACUCUGUCUUAUCUCAGUGACAGGAAUGCCGUGUGCGAAUGAAUAUGAAUCGACAAGGAAUCGUAUUCGGCUAGCUGGAUCUGGACUUGGCUUUGCAGGCGGACUAUGUAUGGUAGUUGGGGCAUCCUGGUAUGCGGCUAGCACUCUCAAUGAAUACUAUAGAUUAGUAGCGACAAAUCCAGGUUCGGAACGAUUGGUCAUAGGCGUUGGUGUCUUUAUUGCGUGGGGUGCAGGAUUAUUCCUAAAUAUUGGCGGAAUAUUCGGAGCUUGUAUAUCUUGCCGAAAUGAAGAAGACGACGUCAGAGAAAUGCCGAGAAGAAUGGUUACCAGUGGACAUAUCAGAGGCAUUGAAAAGGAAUACGUGUAGAUUCCUAAUUCAUAAACAGUCAACUCAAAAUAUGGAAUUGCAAUCAAUUUUAAUUAGCUAACUAAUCAAACUUUAUGAUAAGGUCCAAUUACUGAUGAAUUGACUGUGCUUGAAUAAAAUGGUAACACCUUGACAUAAAGACGACUUUUUUUAUGGCUUGAAACUAAUAUGAAAUUUAUUUCUCGCACGGAAAAGUUGACAUUCAGAAAAGUGUUAUUAUUUGAUUUUUUCUUAUACAUAGUAUUUUGUAGUGCGGGUGUUCCCGUUUGCUCGCGGAAUGCGCCCUCACAAUGCAUUCACUUUGGCUUAUAUUUUUCGCAUUUACCAUAAAUUUUUUACUUUGUAAAAAUGGUCUGCGCAUUUUAAUAUGGCUACAUGCAUUUUGACAUCCUCCUUUGUAAAUCCAUGCGUUGAACAAAGCCAAAAUGAAAACAUACAUAACUACUUUGACCUAGUCCAAAAAUCUUUUUAUCAGAAAAAUUCUUUCUUGAAUAUUUUGAUGAUUAGUUUGGAAAUAUUUUCACUAGUUGGCGCGUACAAUCUGAUGUACAAGUUCCUUGUUGUUUUGAUUCAAAAUAUUUAACCACCUGGAAUAUAAAUGUACUGAAAGCUACUUUUUGCCCGGUAUAAAGCAGCGCUAUCUGAACUAAUCUUUUCUUCUCGCAAGCGAAAAUGGCCAUUGAGAUAUUUGAUUCAUAUAAUUCUGAAACAUAUCUAAAAACUGACAAAAAGCUAUCAAAACUAUUUCGGCUCCGGCUGGAAGUUGCGUUAUAUGUAAUUACUAUAUACGCAGCAAAACAUUCAUUACUUAAAAAACAACAAAUUACAACCGCCUCCCACAAUCCCUCACCAAUUUGCUAGACUUUCAAGUAUUAGCGCGAAGUAUUUAAAUGUAAUUAAAUAAAUCCUAAAAUGAAGUAUGACAGUUUCAUUGUGUAUACACGAGCUGUCACCACCAACAUGUCCAAUAUUAUGACCCAAGUGUUAGCUUGUUAUGAGGAAUAUCGGUAUGUCAUGAUAUUUGGUUGCCUAUUAAAAUAUUUCAACUUCUCACAUUUUGCUUAAA